GUUGACAAAUGAACAAUCAUCAAAUCAUGCUCAUGGAGAGUAACAGAGAGAAGGAUUUUGAUUGAAAUUUCUUAGACCAAAUUUACUGCUCUUUCUAAAGCUUAUCGAGGAAUGACAUUCCCACAUGUACUGGUGGUUAUUUGUUUACUUACAAUAAUAAAUGUGAAGCCGAUCAAGACAUCUAAUUCAACAAAAUGUCACCGGCUUUGUGUUUGCCUUAAUUCGACGACUCUGGACUGUUCGAAUAAGAAUUUAACUUCAGUGCCUAACGAUCUGCCUGGUGACACGACAAUAUUGUAAGUACCGCCUUUUUUUUGUUACUUAUUCUAUCAUUCAAAGUGUGUAAACACAGAAAUUCACGCUACCUAGUGUGCUCUUAUUUGACGUUUUUAUACUCGCUUGUGUGAAAGUGUAAACAGCAUUUAUUCACAGUCUAUAGCCUUAUAUAAUAUUGCUCAUCCGUUUACCCGCUUCUGUGUUUGCUCAACCAAGCGAAAGCUGAAGAUUCUGCUAAUUAUAUUGCAACAGAAUCUAGAUAUAUCCUUAAUGUAGUUAGUAUUGCCUAUAUUUGAAAAAGGAUCGCGUGUGGAUGCUAAGAGCCUAAGAUGCCCAAACUGUCAAAACAUUGAGACUCUGUUUUGGGGGUGUAUCUGAAAAUAAUUAUUUUGGACACUGACAGUUGACCGGAAUAUUCGAAAUCUUCGCUUAUUCAAUGACUAAUUAUUAUCCAAUAUCUGUUACCGGUGGAUAUUGAAUUAUUAGCUUGACUUUAACAUAUCUUUGUGGUAUGGGAAAAUCGUUUCUUUAUUAGUAUAUUAAAAUAUAAAAAUUACAUAUAUAUUGUCAUUAAUAUUGUGGAAAUGAAAAUGAAAAACAUAGAUUGGCUUCUUGUGCUUAAUAAACAAUGCAUACAGCAAAGUUUCAUUUUUACAAGGUUUGAAAUGUGUGAGUUUAUCUGUGAUGAUUUAACUUUUAUGAUCUGAGCAAUCAAUGACAGUAUUAUUUUGUGUGCUAAUUCAAUGCAGUAUGAUGAAAGAGUAUGGCAGGCUGGCAGCACUUGUUAUGAUGAUACAUAUCAGUGAAUAUCAUUAGGAUAUAAUGGAUAUUGUAAUAAGUAAACAAUCCGGCAAAUUUUGCAACCACUUAUUAGUUUUGACCUCAUAUUAAGAGAUUCCCUUUGAUGCCGGAGGAUGGGACAAAUUAGGUUGCCAACAUAUGACCAACUUUUGUACUAGCUGGAAAUCUUAGUUCUAUAAGCUUUUUUUGCCGUAAGACAGCUUUGCAUUGAUAAGGGUCAAGGGCCGGGUGCAGCGACCUGAAAAAUUUAAGGCAAACUUCGACAUUUCGAGUGAAAGCCCUUUGUUGGGAAGUUUGUAGCCAAUAUUUAGCUUAGUUUUAAUGCUUUCAUUGUGGAAACAUUGUUACAUACAGCUUUGUUACACAUGCUGUUAUUCAGCUAUCACUCAAAGGCCUUUCAACAGAAAUUGUUGGGGAUGGCCAUUGUUACAAAGCUCAGAAUUGUGAUUCAAAUGAGAUUUGGAACAAACAGUAUUGUUUGAUGCAAUGCAGUAAUAUGAGGUUUACUGAUCUCUGAGACUCAGACCUGAUUUUAUCCACUAGAUAAACUUUUAAUUACCAAAUAAAUCACUUGUUUUGUUCUUUCAACUAGUAGCUACAUGGGCGGAUUUACUGGGGGGUAGGGGGGUAGGGAGGGUUAGAAUCUCUCUAACUCCUCUUGUAAAGUGUUCAACCCCACAAAAAUUUUGCUUCUCCCCUCCAUUUUGUGUGAAAGUUUUUAGCCUUAAUGUCGAAGCUCACUCAGUAGUACCGCUUGCACCCCACCACAACUUUUUCUACCCCUCUUUUGAAAAAAAAUAUGAAAAUCCGCCCUUGAGUAGCUAUAAUACCUAUUAUGACCGUAUAGUAUCAGUACAUGUAUCAUGUGAACCAACAUCGGUAUUUAUAUCAAUUAAAUAUCACACAUGUGAUGUCAAAGGCUUCCACCCUGUGAUUAAUUUCUCAAAACUAAAUCUAGUAAAUUAAGAUAUAUCUGUACCAACUUUUAUUAAAAUUGUACCUGUACCUUGUACCCGGCUGGCCUGUUUUUCUAAUAUCUGUUGGUUUAGCCUGGGUGGUUGUCUUGGUAAGGUGCCAAGAUAGCCUAGAUAGCCUAGCCUCAUAAAAUAUAAUUAUUAACUGUACUGUAUGUAGUUUCUAUAAAAUAUUUGUUUCAUUUUAGCCAGCAUGUUGCUGAUAAUUUUAACCAAGUACAGUAACCUAUCAUAGUUGUCAUUAAAUGUGAAGGUACUUGUGACUUUGAAGCUGUAUGGCUGUAUUGGAAAAUAAUUUAAAUUCGAAUGCUAUCCUUUUCCUUUUGUAGUAAAAACAGAUUCAAUUGUUUGUUUUUGAAACAAAGGUUGGAAAAGGCUGUGAUGCUUUGUACUUCUAUUGUUUAGUUCUUUUGAACUGUGAUCAUUGACAAAACCUUUUAGGGUAAUAGGGCUCCAAACAGGGUUGUAAAUUCUGAAUUGGGGGGGGGGGGACCCAACUUUUUACAUUUGUAGUAUAGUGAUAUUCUAUAAUAAAUUCUGUCUUUUGACUGGCUACACCACCUUACCCCUUCCCUCUACUUUUUUGAAUAUAUUUUCUCCUGUUUGGUUCCAAAUGCUUCAUUGAGGUUGUUAUUCUAGAGUCUUUGUUGUGAAACGAAAUUAAAUGAAAACUAAGUCCUGAAUGUGGUAGUUUAGCCUGGGAUGCUUUUUCAGAUGCAUUAAACUUGUGCUGAACAGGAAUGUUCUGGAUAAUGGUUAACAAUGCACCCAGAAUACACCAAUUGGGUGCAUCUGCAAUGCACCCGGAAUACACAAAGAAUUUCAUUGUUGUUUUCAAUGUUCCUCAUGUUGAUGUUACGAUUUGGACAAAUUUCAUGUUGUAUGUUGAUAUUUUAUUCUCUAUAUGUCACCAUUUCAACACAGUGUCGCCUGUUGGAAUUUAACCUAACAACACUUCAUCAUUGACAUAUAGCCAGGGUUUCUAGAAAUGAAAAUAGAAUGCACAUGCUUCAAGGACAAGGGGGAACAUUUUGCCAUGUGUUUAGUUGAACAUUUCCUGAUAUUUAAAUAUGUUUGCUGCAUGGCGAAGUAUGCAAUGGAACCAAAGGCAGAGGUUUUCAAUGGAACCAGAGGAGUGGGAGCGGAUCGCAGAGGAUAAAUAAAGAGGACUAUUGGUUCCUCAAGAGGGAUGAUCAAAGCAUCGUCACUUAUCAAAGUUUUAUCGAUGCAACCAUGGAUUGUAAAAUAACAAUAUUUUACAAUCGAUGAUGCAACUUUGAUAUUUGAAAAUCGAAAACCAAUAUUGAAAUAUUAAGAUUACCGACAAUAUUUUUUAAAUUAAUAUUUCUUUCUCACAAAGUGAUUUUCAGAAAGGUCCUGCACUAAAAUCUAAAUAAACAAAUUUACAAGGAAGACAUGCAUAUAACAUAAAUAUGUCUAUUGGAAAAAUAUCGGUAUGUCGGCAAUUUUUCACUCAGGAAAGUCGAAAAAACUGCAAAAAGAAACGUCCUACAACGUACAGUACAUAUCAGAGGCUAUUCAUAUUUCAUAUAUUUCAAAAUAACAUCCUUUUUUCCGAAGACCAAAAAUAUUCCGUCAACACAAGGAUGUGACAAUUGCCAACAGACGGAAAUCUAUACAGGAUGUCUUUCAUGUCUAAAAAAACGCUAUCUAUUAAAAUGAGCUCAACUCAUCAAUAUCUUAGCUCAAUAAGAAUGUCCAUUAAAGCCUGGUUCAUUGAUCGUAAACAUCGGCGAUGCCCAUUGUCUGUGGUCAUUGAUGCAUAAAAUGUUUUGUGCAUUUUCUUCUUCGUUGCUCACAGACAAUGGAUCGUAGAACAAUAGCACAUCGCCGAUCAAUGUGAAGCAGGCUUGAACAUGGUUCAAUUAACCCCUGAACAGAGAACAUUUGUAAUCAAAACGUCUUACGAAACAAAUAGCUUGCAGCAGGCUCGCGUUGCUUUUGGGUUGACUAACUUUGCAAAAUUAAUGUAUUUUCAAUUCUCAACGGUGGACGAAUGUGAUUUCGACCGGCAAUUUUUAUUUGAUGAGUAUGUGGCCAUUUCUCAUCGUUACGAUUUACAAAAGAUAUCAUUGAAAAACUAAAUAACAGCUUGUUUGUUUGAUUGCUUUUCUGAAACUUUCACCUCUGUUCAUAUUAAAUAAUUUUGUGUUUUUAAUUUAAAUCAAGGAUCACACAAGAGGUUUUUUAUAACAGCUCUUUCCUCCUAUGUAAAAAUCGAAUUGUUUAGCUAAGUUUGUGAUGCACGACAGCCUGUUGAAUUUCCAUAGCGUUUUUUUUUAGACACCCUGUAUAAUCACAAAAGAAAACAAGGAAAUACGAGUAUCCGGUAUUUAGGCAGCGUUUACACUGUACCGUUUUCGUAGCGUUCUCGUAUUGUUCUUAAUCCUCAAGGGAACGCAAGACAAUAGUCUAGUUCUCUCGAACAAUACGAGAACGCUACGAAAACGGUACAGUGUAAACGCUGCCUUAGUAAUUCAUGUGAAUGAAAUAUUCAAAAUAAACGCGCUACUUAAUCACUGCAAAACAUACAGCCCUUCUUCUGGCAAAGAAGUUGUAUAGAGAAUAAAUGGGAUUAUAUAGUGCGAAUUAGAAUAGUUGAUUUGUCAUUUGGGGUUAAAUAUUUUAUAAUUGAGAAAGCCUUAUUAAGUGUAAAGCAAUUACAAAAUUGCUUCCUAAAAACAGUUUCAUUAACAAGAUCAAUAUUAAACCGCAAUUAUUUAAUCAAUGUGAGGAGGACAGUGUUUCAUUGUUCAAGGAAUACUCCAGAGCGAGCUCUCGAGUGCUGAAUUUCUUAACACUGGAAUUUUUUUGAAAAUCCUUGCUAUACAGUACAGGGUGUAUCAAAAAAAGCGCAACCUCGGAAUUUCCCAAGAAAUCGACAUUGUUUUAAAGACAAAAGAUUUUAGGCGCCUGGGAAUUUAAAAUAGCAUAACUGUCAAAAUUACUGCACACGCGAGUGCAUAAAGCAAAAUUUAUGCAUUUAUUUAAUGCACAACAACAGUAAUAUGACUAUUAGCAAUUCGAUUUCAAUUCCCAGGGGCCUAAAAUCUUUUAUGCUUAAGAAUUGCAAAGUGAUUUCUUAGGAAAUUCCGAGGUUGCGUUUUUUUUUAUACACCCUGUAGUACGGAAAUAGCAUCGAUAGUAUGAAUUUCACUAUUUUUUCCAGUGUAAGUGUAUAUUAUUAAGUUGCCUAUACGCUAGUCGUUAUAUCGACUAUUUUUAAUAUUUUUAAAUAAUUAAUUUUCAACCAUGAAAGCAUUGCUAUGCUAAAAAAUAAUUUAUGUUACAUGAAAUUUAAGGCAAAACAGUUUAGAGAACUACGAUUUCCAGCUACAAAAAUGUUGGUAAUCAAUAUUUCGCGAAUAGUGCUUUUAAUCCGUAUGUGUCAUAUUGCAUGUUUGAGAGAUGAGAAAAACAUGGCAAAACUGCACGUUUGUUGUUUUAUUAGGAUUUAGUCGUCCUUAUCCUAUUAAUGUAUAAUAUUAACAGCUAUAUGACUGUGUGAAACCACUCCCUUAAUCUACAAUUAACACUUAGUACUUCACUAUAUAAAUUAGGGUCACGAAUGACCCUGAAGCGAUAUUAUAUCUGACUGAAAAUAUACAUCGAUUCAACCCUCCAUAUACUAUACUACUGUAUAUACUAAAACUGUCUGUACCAGUGUGGGUAGUACCAAUGUGAAAAUGAUGUGCUGAGUGGUUAUAUUACUACCUUAAAAAAAUAAGCAGAAACUCGACGUUUCGAGCGAAGGCCUUUCAUCAAGAGUUAGUAUAGCCAACUCGUCAAGAGGUAGUAGGCUAUACUAACUCUUGACGAAGGGCCUUCGCUCGAAACUUCUAGUUUCUGCUUAAUAAGGUAUGGUUGCAUUAGAAGAUUUGGUUGUUUCUUCACGUUUUUGCCCAAACACCAAUAACAUCAAUGUAAUAGAUGUUCCAAUUGGAAAAAUACAAUUAUCGACGAUACACAGGCAAAGCCGCGAAGAAAAAUAGAAAGUACAACUUACACGUUGAUUAUAUUAAUGCGAUAUAGUACGACAAUAUGACUGCUCCCUAAAUUGCUAAAAUUAACAAAAAAUUUGCAUUUUCAUCUUCAAAUACAGUACUUGUUUGCUUUCUUUUCAAUUGUUUUGGCUGAAGAUCGAUAUAGAAAAUAUACAGUAGGGAGCAAACAUUAAAUUUUGAGAGCGAGUUUUUUACUCUCGAUUUCAAUUUGCUUCUGAAACAUAACGUAUCUUCAAGAUAUUGGCAACGUUGCCAACUGUAAUUUUGUUAAUUAAUUUUACCGAUGAUUUACGAUGGUUCAAUAGUAAGCAAUUUGAUUGGCUGACUUUUUUAACUAUACAGCCAAUUAAAACUUGCAAAGCUUGGUUAUUGUAAAUCAUCGGAACGCCAACUUCGAAACGAACUUUUGCAACUACAUGCACAUUCAACGAAUAUAUCCAAACUCUGAAUACAAACAAACAUUCGAAGUCAGAAUUGAACAGCAAAUUGGAAUCGAGAGUAAAAUGUGAUAAAUUUUAAUCAAUGUUCACUAAGAGACUGACCAGUGUGAUUUAAACUUUUAAACAAUUGAACAACAAUUAAUGGACCUAUUCCCCAAUGAACAAAAUUUUGAUCUAGACAAGUCUAGACAAAAAUUUCAUCACAGCUUGAAAGAGCAUUACAAAAUUAGUAAUAUUCCGAAGUUUCGUUGCGAAAUGUUGUCAAAUGCGGAUAAUAUAGCCCUGCGAAGUUUGCCGUUUUUCAGUCAUUUUGUAUUACGCACGGGAAAUUGAUACCGCUUUCUGAAAAAAGGUAUCAAUUUCCCGCGCAUAAUACAAAAUGACUGAAAAACGGCAAACUUCGCAGGGCUAUAUUAUCCGCAUUUUACGACAAUUUGCAACGAAACUUCGGAAUAUUACUAAUUUUGUGAUACUCUUUCAAAUUGUGAUGAAAUGUUUGUGUAGAUCAAAAUUUUGUUCAUUAGGGAAUAUGUCCAUUUAAGAUGGAAAGUUUAGCAUUUGAAAACGUAAAAAUCCUCGCAUAUUUGACCAGGAAGUCAUGGAAAGGUAAUUAAGCCAAUGCACCGACAAAGACGUCCUUGUCGGAAGGGCUCUUGACAAUAUCCGGAGUUUUGACUUUUGUUUUUUAGGUUCAUCAUUGCGUUCUCUCAGUAGUAAAAAUUCAAUAGUAAAAGAGUUCUUUAUUAAAAUAAAGUGCUCUUAAUAUUAUUAUAAACUCUUGGAAAAUAUGACAAGUAUGGGGCGACCUAACCCUGUCUGCUACCUGUAAGUCCAAACAUGGGAUGGGGAAAGAGAAGGUGUUGGGUUUUUUAAGAUGUUAAAUAACCUCCUUUUUCAGACAAUAAUAUUUCUUUUUAAUUUCCGAUUUACAUACUGUAAAUCAUGAAAGUUAGUGGUGCUCAUUGGCUUAGGGCAUGCAAAACUCCUUAAAACCCCUAUAAGACGGGCAAUAUAAUUAAGUGCCUUAGCUACUAAGGGCCUCGUUUAACAUAUAAACUGCGGGAGGGGCAAGCCCAUGUUGACCCCUCCAGUAACCUAUCCCCCCCCCCCCCGCAUGAAAAUAUCCCCUUUGUGUAAAAUGUAUGACCAUUAGUUACGAAGAGCGUUUUAAUAUUUUCAUGACAAACUCUUUGUAGAGAGGAUGAAAUAUGUAAUUGCAAACAUUAUCUGGGGGUUCACCCCCAGACCCUCCCCUACAUCUUUGCGCGUUUUCAAUUUACCUCCUAGUUAGGUCCCUUUUCCUUGGUGACCACACCCACUGACAAAGUGUUAAAAGAGUCCCUGGCGGUGAUGUGCAAUCUGUGAGACCGUGCACGCUAAUUAUUCUAUAUUAGCUACAAAAACAUGAAAAGAAAGGUUUAUAGUCUUGUACUGUACUAUCGUUUGUCGCUUCGACGCAUCCAGACAAUGUGUAAUUAUUUCGCCAGGCUACACAAUUUGUCUUCAAUGCGAUAUUGCCCGUACAGGUAUAUCGUGCAUGGUUCAUCCGAUAAGGGCGGGCAGAUCAUUUUUCUAGGAGAGCAAAUUCAAUAAAUCAUGCUCACUUGUUUUCUAAAAUCCUUAGAUUAGAAAAUCCCCCAAUAACUUGAGCAAAAUAAAUUAGCACUACAUACUGUCAUACAGUAUAUAUAACACUCUCAAUAGAGUAGCAUAUAUUUCAUUUCCUGCAUGCAAUCUUUGAGUCGAUGUCACUCACUGCAGAUUUAAAUAUUUAAUACCAAAUAUAAAAUACAUACUUUCAUCCAUUAGCCUUGCGAGUUUUUACUGUAAUAGUCGUGUUGCACGGGUGGCUCGCUUGCAUCUAUAAUGUACAGGCUUCCUUUCAUAUUGAGGACUAUUAAUUUGAAGACCAAGAUAAAUCCUUUCCUGCACCUUUCUCUACCCUUUCUCUUUCGUGUUCUCUCUCGUUAUACUCCAUGUUACUCUAAAUAUUUUUAUCGUAUUUUGCAGAUUUUUGAACAACAAUCAGAUAGAACGUUUAUUGCCACUUACUUUUGAUCAUCUUCCUAAUCUAACCAAAGUGUAAGUAAUAUUUCUAGAUUAUUCUGAUCUGCCCUGUUAAUUUCAGGAAGUUAAUUUAACUCCCAGUACGGUUAUUUUGAGCCGAAUUUAACUCCAAAUGAUUAAAAUGAUUUAAAUAAUAAGUGAAACCCAAUGAUCUAAAAGGUGAAAUCCCUCUAAACGGAUACCUCGUUAAUAGUAAGAUCUGCACCCUCUCUUUUAUAAUACGUCUGUAUAAAGACGUAUAUAAGACAUUCCCUUGUUAUAUGAAAUAGUACAUUUCCUUGUUAUAUAUAAGACAGUACAUUUCCUUGUUACAUAAGACAGUACAUUCCCUUGUUAUAUAAGACAGUACAUUUCCUUGUUAUAUAAGACAGUACAUUCCCUUGUUAUAUAAGACAGUACAUUCCCUUGUUAUUAUAAGACAGUACAUUUCCUUGUUAUAUAAGACAGUACAUUCCCUUGUUAUAUAAGACAGUACAUUCCCUUGUUAUAUAAGACAGUACAUUCCCUUGUUAUAUAAGACAGUACAAUCCCUUGUUAUAUAAACAGUACAUUUCCUUGUUAUAUAAUAUAUAAGACAGCACAUUCCCUUGUUAUACAAGACAGUACAUUCCCUUGUUAUAUAAGACAGUACAUUCCCUUGUUAUAUAAGACAGCACAUUCCCUUGUUAUAUAAGACAAUACAUUUUCUUGUUAUACAAGAGAGUACAUUCCCUUGUUAUAUAAGACAAUACAUUUCCAUGUUAUAUAAGACAUUACAUUUCCUUGUUAUAUAAGACGGUAGUACAUUUCCUUGUUUUAUAUAAGACACAGGCUUUUAGCCAGAAGGGCGUCCAGGCGUCCUGGGACGCCCCUAGAACGAAAAAUGGACGCCCAAAUUCUGGGGGGAAAGGGAAAUUAUUUUCAAUUGUUUUCCUAAGUAUAUUAAUAUAUCUGAAACGAAAUAGCUUCAAUUCUCAUUAUUAUUAUACAUUUGACAUUUUGAUCAAUUUGAUGGUGUACCUGGCUGAAUGAAAAUGUCGUAGUUAAGUAAAGAAGCAUAGCGGCACAAACUCACAAAGCCAAGUGUGUUUUGAAAAAUUUUGAACCGGCUUGGAACAGAUACUGACAUGAAGUAACGUAAACUUCAAAGGUUUUCCAGAGGGACGUUUUCUCACUCCCCCCCCCUCUUUACUGUAGAUGUCUCGUUAUACCAAAAUUGGACGCCCUCUUUUAGAUCCCUGGCUAAAAGCCUGAUAAGACACUACAUUCCCUUGUUAUAUAAGGCAGUACAUUUCCAUUAAAAUACUCUUUAAGAUGGCAUUCCUACCUUUUUUGGGCCGUUUUUGACCUUGCACUGUAUAUACAAAGAUUCGUAAAGGUCUUCCUACGCAAUACGAUUAGUCAUACUGUAUAUAUACGAUUCUGAUUCGGAACGCUGUAUUUCGAUAAAAUUGCACUCCUGUUUGCCAGUUAGAAUCGAGUAUUUUUCAUGUAUAUUACUAAAUCCAUCGAUGUAUAGUAGAAAAUAUGGCUGCGUAUAUUUAAGGAAAUCCUAUUGUUAUUCUGAAUGAUUCUUUUCUUGUUGUUUGAUUUAGUGACCUCUCAGGAAACAAAAUUAACUGUGACUGUUCUUUAAUUUGGACUAAAUAUGCAAAUUUUACUAUACAACUCAUGGCGACCUGCCAAAAUCCAACUUGGGUCAGAGGAAGAUCUUUGGCUAACAUUACAAUGGAAGAUAUGUGCAGUAAGUAAAUAAUUAUGAAUAAUGAAAAAUGUACUAGUGUGAAACAUAAAGUUUCGUUUCACAUUGGCACAUUGCAUAUUUAAACCAACCCCCCUCCCCUCCCCCUAUUGAGGACAUCCAUUUUUGGCCCCCAUCUGGAAUUUCCGCAGAUUUUUAGUGAAUUUGUAGCCUCCCCUGUGGAAUUUCCACAACCUUUUUUAACUUCUAACCCAUAGUCAGUGGAAUUUCCUUAUUUAUUUCUCAAUUAGUAGCUAUCCCUUGGAAAAUUCCUUGCUGAUUUAUCCUGUGGAAUUUCUUUUCCAUUGUUGACCAUGCAUCCCAUGGAGAAAGUUUUAGUCACUUUUUAUACAUACCUACCUAUAAUAUCUCUAUAUUUGUUUAUUUGUUUAUUUCUAUAUGAUAAUACUACAGGUCUAUUCGUAGUCCAAACACUAACUAACUAAAUAUACAUAUAUUGAUGUUCUUUGGUUAUACGAGUUAAUUAUAUAGUUAAUAUUACCGAGUAAUAUCCUGUCGAAACCUAACACCUAUACUAUAACUAUGGUGACGUAUUCACUAUACUACACUACCCUGUGGAAUUUCCACAGAUUCCUUCAUUUUUUGUUCCCUUUGGGGGGAGGGCUAUUGGAAAUUUCGCACGUCCACAAUAGGGGACGGGGGGGGGGGGGGGGGGGGGUGGUUAAAAAUGCAAUGUGCCAUUGCGCCAGUUCUGGUUCAAACCGUUUGGAUUGUCACUGGUUAAAGGCUUUAGAUUUAGUGAACUUAUAGAUAUGCUUAAACACUCGAAACAAACACUCGCUAAAUUCACAUCUUCGACAACAAGGGUGAGAACUAUGGAUUUGUUUUGUAGACAAAGACGGACAAUGAUGAAAAACAAAUUUAAAGUGUCUUUAUCUUAGCCAAAAUCAACAAAUAACGAUAAAAAUAGUUCUCUCCCUCCUAGCUUUAAGAGUUUUUGGUCAAUAGCCAGGUGCAUGUCUAUAAUACCAGAAGCUCGAAUCUAAUUAGUAUACCAUCCUGUAGGACAAAAUUACGACAAUUUUCUGUCUAUUAUCAAGGUCCUCUAUUUUUCAACUCCUUGGUCCCGAACAUACGGAACACCAUGUCUGUCUGUUCCUUCCAACCUAAACUUAAAAAGUAUUUAAUUUUCGAUAAUUUGUGUGAUGUUAUCAUAAUUGCAUUAAUUAGGUGUGUGCAUCUAAAUAUCUUCUUCUUUUUGAUAUUAUGUGUGUGCGUUUGUAUAUUAUUUAUUUUUCUUUUGAUAUUACUGCUCACUACUCUACUUCAUAUUUAGGUAAUUUAUUCAAUAAAAUUUGACAUAAGGUUGUCUAGCAAAUAAUAAGCCUCGCGUUCGUCACAAUCGUCAAUUUUCUUUUUUCUAAUAUUACUUUUUAAUAAAUUUUGUUUUAUCAUGUAUAAUUAUUUGUGGCAAAUUAAUAAAAAUACAUUCAUUAAAAAAAUCUUGUUUGGUACGUUUCCAGUAAAAGACAAAUAAAAGAAACAAGGAUUCUCAAAGGAUGGCUUAAAUAAUAUUAUACGAUGGAUUAAAAAAACUUUUCCAAAUCCAUUUGGCCACCAGCAAGAAUUUAAGGCUACAAUACCUUGGUGUGAAACUAAUCCUUUAAACUGGUAAUCCAAAAGAAAAACACAAAUAACUGUUUUUUGCCAUGUCCGCGUACUACAGUAGAUUAAGCACAUCUUAAGCUCCCUCGUCGUCUUCUUCAAGUCUCAAAAUGAGCGAGAUUUUAAAGGCAUGCGGAGAAAUUAUUUCAUAGCAAUACAAUAGCUCAUCCUCGUUGCCAGGGUCAGGGAUACCCCUUCAUAGGCCCAGGGACACACGGAACCGGAAGUGCAAGAAAACUUGCAGUAGUUUCGCAUACAUUCUUGUACCCAGAGCCCUUCUUACGCGCGAUCAAAGGAGCGCGACGAGGGGCUCUGGCAAAAUCCAAACCGGAUACCAUAAGAACAUGGUAUCCGGUUAAACACUGCGCAUGUUCAAUUAGAGUUGAGAAUUUCAGAAUUUAGUUUAUUCCUUUUUGAGCUUUCUCCUUUGCUUAUUAAAUAUACGUGCUUUGGUGCUUGUUUAAACAAUGUUUUGUAGAAAGUAAAACCGCAUGGCAGCGUGGUAUUUUCGCCCAAAAUAUAUUGGGGUCAGCGGAUUUUUGUAUCAAAAGGGAUAGCAGUGCGCUUGUCGAAUUUUCGAAGCCACGAAUAGGAUCGGAGCGAGUAAUUAAACUUUAUACUUUGUUUAUAGUAACUUCGAAUCAUUCAACUUAAUUUUUCCAUUGCCAAAAGUUCAUUGAAAUAUGAAAUAAUUUUUCAUAAUUAUGUCUGCCGGAGUUUUCCAACUCCGGCUCCGGCAAAAUAUGCCGGAGCUCCGGUACUCCAGCUCCGGCGCACAGCUCUAAGAUAAAUGAGUACCAAGAGCCCUGGUUUAAAUGCACUUUCAAGUCAUAGACCAUAACAGAAUACUGUUGUGGUCUAUGCAUUGCACCUGCAUGUGUUAUCUAUGGUUAAGUAUACAUGCAUGCUCAAUUUGAAAUAUGGUUCUUUCGUUGUGUUUUAGAGAUUCCUUCAACACCUGUAGUUGCCAAAACAACUGUCCAGAGUACUGUAAGUAUUUACCUUCAACACCUGUAGUUGCCAAAACAACUGUCCAGAGUACUGUAAGUAUUUACGUUUCCAAUUAUAUGUCAUAUCAACUCCUCAAUAUUUCCUUUCAAAUGACUUUUGAAAGUUACUACAUACCCUUUCUAAAAGUGCUGUAAAUCAAUUAGGUACAAGUAGCGAAUAGGUUUUCAAUGUAUAGUGACUUAAACAACAAAAACCUGGUAAUAAUAAAUAAAAUGCAUGGAACACAAUUUUAAACUUUCUCGGAUUAUAUACGUACGAAACUGCAGAUAAGUGUUAAUUUUGAAAUUAUUGCAUGCAUCAUCUCUUUACCAUCUUGUACUUUAGGUUAGGUUUGCUUUAAUUUAGGUUUCAUUAUAUGGUUGUAAGUUAAUAUAUACAGGUCCCCUAUGAAUAACCAGCCUGGUUUCUAAUUGGGCUAACCUGUUCAAAUAUAAAGUUCAUCUUAUCUUAUCUCCCAAUAUUUUGCGAAGUGCCGGGAAGUACUAAAUACAUUUUCACGUUUUAACAGGUACCAACAGCUACGACACCUCAGCAUACAACAACAACAGCAACAACACCAAGCACUGAACAAGCUGGUACGGCAAAUGUAGUGCCAACAACCACUGUCGAACCCCAAACGUCACGACGUACACCCCAAAUGACAACUGUCGAGCCCCAAACGUCACGACGUACACCCCAAAUGACAACUGUCGAGCCCCAAACGUCAACUAACAAACCUGCCACAACUCUUGCUGAAAGGCAAGUAACAACUAAAGACUCAGCCUCUUUACCAACACACCGGCCGAAUGUUACCUCAACAUCGGUACCAACACGUCAAGAGAAUGUGACAGACCCUUAUAACCUAACCAGUUUAGUUGACAUGUCUAGCAAAGAAUUGAAUGCUGAGUCACUUAGGAAUUUGAUUGAAAUGCUUGAAAGUGAUGUGGAUCGACGGAAUUACAGUGACACUGCGACUACAAUGGUAUGUGUUAUUCUUUGUUUGCAAUGACGUAAUUUGGGGAUUUCAGUUGACGGGCAGGUAUAACAAAAAACGGCUAUUUUAAUGUAUUGAUCGAGGUUAGAGACAGUUUUUAAAAGACUCAAAAGAUGAAUUACCGUUUUCUUGCUACAACCAUUCUGAUAGGAGAAAAAUCGUCCACAAGUUGUUUGAUUGUCCGUCAUUUGGAUGAAAAGUCACGUGAUUACAAACAAAGAAUUCAGGUUUAAAACUGUGACUAAUGUACAUAUUAUGGCUAUUCCCAAGUUGAUGCAAAGGCCGAGGGUAGAAAGUUAUAAACAAAAGAUUAAAGAUAUUAAUCCAACAUUUACUUUCUAGCUUUCUAGAGGUGAUGCGAGAAUCGCUAAUUUAUUUAUGGGUAUAAUAGUAUUUUUUAAGGAUUCUGGGAAUGUGCUACACAAUGUUUGUCACAAUAAUUUUGACGAUAUUUGAGUGAGGUUGCUUUACUUGACGAUAUUUGAGUGAUUAUACAGUGAGGUUGCUUUUCAUUCAUUGUUCAUCGAAAUGUGAUCAAACUUUGUCUACCUAGUAAAGUUACACUGAUGGUUAUAAUUAAAAGGAGAGGCCUUUCUAGUCGCUUAGUUCGUUUCUUCAUUUUGUUACUUCUUAUUAUCGAUUGCUAUCCAGUGGGGCCGGUUGUAUAAAUCACGAAUCGGGGAAUAUAUUCAAUAUUCCCCUCUAAUCAAUUUCCGUCUAAUAAUCCCCUCUAAUAUUCACCUGUAAUGUCUUUGCAGCACAAAAAAUGAGGAAAAAAACAACAUAACGAAGGCAAUAUGGCAUUAAGAAUUAUUUCUAUUCUGACUCAUUAACGCGACCUCGCAGUGUGAAUAAUAAAUACGUUAUUUUGAGGCACCUCGGGUAUAUGUGUUUAUUCACCUCGGCGCUGCGCGCCUCGGUGAAUAAAUGACAUACAGUACCCCUCGUUGCCUCAAAAUAACCUAUACUUACUGCAAAAGUUAACCAGCUACAAUUCGCGUAUUUGAGAGUUAACAACUAUUUAACUACAAAACGGAUAUGAAACCAGCCCCUGCAGGUCGUCAACUCUGGAAUGGCCAAUUCCAUUUCCCGUUAAUCCUCCGUCAUUAUAGUGUAAGCAAUUGCCUUGUUUAAAGUGAUGCUAAACGUUACUGACCGUUAAAAUUGUCUGGAUUUUCAAAUGAAAAGGAUUUAUAGCCAUCGCGUUAGAAAUUCGAAGGAGUGCCUGUCAUCAUCGCUGAUGUUUUUAAAAACUCCACCUUGAGAUUUUACACUUACUGUUGCCUGUGUCCUAGCAGACAAGAGCUAAUGUUUCUAUUUGCUUUUUUCUUCUUUUUCAAGAAUGUUUUACUCGUCUCGAGCAAUCUGAUGAGACAAGACAAUCGCAAAACGUGGUCUAGUGUGAACAAG